GGCACUAAUUUAAACUGAGAGGAAGGAACAGCUUCUUGUUUUGUUAACUGCAACAUACGAGUGAACGGAGCAAAGACACUCAUCAAAACAGACAUUUCGUCUUUUUUAAACAUCUUAACCGGGAUUUAAGGCAUCCCCAGCGCAAGAAUAAACUGAGAAGACACGGGGCGCUGGUUUAAGUUUAUGUUUAACUAUAGCCGAGUCUGUCCUAACGUUAACAGGUCUAGCAGCUGGGUUAACGUGAAGUCAGGUAACUGUUUGAUUCGGUUUAAACGGACAACAUGCCGUCCCGUGUCGAGGACUACGAGGUGUUGUACACUAUAGGCUCAGGUUCCUAUGGAAAAUGCCAGAAAAUAAAACGGAAGUCUGACGGGAAAAUCCUGGUGUGGAAGGAGCUGGACUAUGGCACCAUGGCGGAAAGCGAAAAGCAGAUGCUGGUGUCAGAGGUGAACCUCCUGAGGGAGCUCAAGCACCCAAACAUAGUGAGGUACUACGACCGCAUCAUAGACCGGACUAACACCACGCUGUACAUUGUCAUGGAGUACUGCGAGGGUGGGGACCUGUCCAGCCUCAUCAGCCGCUGCAUCAAGGAGAGGCGUUAUUUGGAGGAGCAGUUCAUCCUGCGAGUCAUGGCACAGCUCACAUUAGCCCUGAAGGAGUGCCACAGACGCAGUGAUGGCAGGGCCACGGUUCUUCACCGAGACCUGAAGCCAGCCAACAUCUUCCUCGACAUCAGGCAGAACGUGAAGCUCGGGGACUUUGGCCUAGCCAGGAUCUUAAAUCAUGACACCAGUUUUGCAAAGACAUUUGUUGGGACACCUUACUACAUGUCUCCAGAACAGAUAAACCGGAUGUCAUACAACGAGAAGUCAGAUAUUUGGUCACUGGGAUGUUUGCUGUAUGAACUCUGUGCAUUAUCCCCUCCAUUUACUGCUUACAAUCAAAAAGAGCUGGCAGAGAGAAUCAGAGAGGGAAGGUUCAGAAGAAUCCCCUACCGAUACUCAGAGGAACUCAACGGCUUACUCAGCAAAAUGCUCAACUUAAAGGACUAUCUGAGGCCCUCUGUGGAGUCUAUUCUCCAGAGCAGCCUGUUGGCUGACGCGGUUGCUGAGGAGCAGAGGAGGGCAGUGGUGCGGCUCCGAAGGAGGUCAGCAGACUCCGACUGUCCUCUUCACAAACCGACUGAACCAGCCCCCACCUCUGCUGCAGAGCUCAGACUCAGGGAACAGGCGCUCAGGGACAGAGAAAAGGCGCUGAAGGAACGAGAGGAGAGGCUGGAGAAGAGAGAGCAGGAGCUGUGUGUUCGAGAACGACUGUCAAAUGAGAAGCUUGCACGGGCAGAGAGUUUACUGAAGAAUUGCCAUCGUCUUCAGCAGCAGAGGGACCUGGCACCGUUCUAUGGCAAAGACAUAGAUGAGGAGAACCUCUCCCCUGGCAAGAAGAAGGUCCACUUUGCCGGUGAGAGCAAAGAGAACCAGCGACCUAACAGUCGUCAGAGUGUGACAUCCCAGGAUCUGAUACUGAGGAGGCUGCAGGCGGCCAAUCUGCGCGCUCAGACACUGAAGGAAGUGGAGAAGACUUGUCAGUUCAAGAGCAGACAGAUCCUCGGCAUCCGCUGAUCAUACAGACGCAUUAUACGUCUUGUGACUGAAGGCUAGGAGUCCUAAUAACUGGAUGUAAAUUAAGAUUUAUUUAUAUGAUAAUUGAGUUGCUGUGACAAUAGUGAGGCCAAAUAAUUUGGACCACUGUAUUGUGUUUUCUGUUACUUUGUAGUGUCACAAUUUCAUCUGGUUUGAUGUGUGGGUGUACUUGUUUUAUAGGCAGCUAUCGUGAUUGUGCAGUAUGAGGAUGUAUGUUACAAGUCUGAUUUUCUCUCUUUUAUGACUUGAAUCUAUGAGAAGUAAUAAUAGUAUAUAAGAGGAGCAACUGUUGAACCUGUGAUGGCAAAAAAACCUGUUAACUAUGCAGACUGAAUUAUUGUUUAUUUAAUUUAUUUUACAGAACAUUUCCUGAUGCAAACACUGUUGAUAGUAGUUAUAAAUUAUUAAGAUAGAACACAUAGAACCACAUACUUAGUGCGUAUUGUAAAAUAAAUACACAUAGUAAGUACAAGUGUUAUUUAUACAUGUAUAGUAAAAUAAAGUGCAACUGGGGGAGUUUGAUGUAAAAUGCCACCACACCGGA